UGAGCUCGGCGCGGGCGGGAUCUGAGUUUAUCCCCCGGCGCUGGGAGCGGGGCGCCCGGGGACCUUCCAGGAUGGCAGCAGAAGUGGAACUCAACCACGUCCAAUCAGCAUCUGAAAUGGCAGAGGGAGAGGAUGACGAACACAUUUUUCAACCCACGAUGUUCCUGGAGCCUCAAGAGACGAGCAUUGAUAUGAAGGCACUUCUGGUCAAGAAAGUGAAGAAAACUUGCAGCUGCACCCCAGCCAAAGUUAAAGACCUGAUUUUCAGUUUUCUCCCUGUCUUGCAGUGGCUCCCCAAAUAUAAACUGAGGGAGUACGUCCUGGGAGAUAUAAUGUCCGGGGUGAUAGUGGCCAUCCUGCUGGUCCCACAGUCCAUUGCCUAUUCCCUGUUGGCCGGCCAGGAACCUAUAUAUGGUCUUUACACGUCCUUUUUUGCCAGCAUUAUUUAUUUCCUAUUUGGUACCUCUCGUCACAUAUCAGUUGGUAUUUUUGGUGUGCUUUGCCUGAUGGUGGGACAGGUGGUGGAUCGUGAGGUACAGAGAGCUGGGUAUGACAUAGAGCCCAGUGUUCAUAGUGGCCUUCAGAGAGAGAUGGUCAUUUAUGUAAAUACCACCACUUUGGCUGUGAACCAGACAUCACAAGCGCUGUUAUGUGAUAGAAGUUGCUAUGCAAUUACUGUGGGAGCCACGGUGACCUUCAUAGCUGGAGUUUAUCAGGUUGCUAUGGGCUUCUUUCAGGUGGGCUUUGUCUCAGUGUACCUCUCUGAUUCCUUACUCGGCGGAUUCGUCACAGGUGCCUCCUUUACUAUCCUAACAUCCCAAGCGAAGUAUCUCCUGGGCCUGGACAUUCCACGCAGCAAUGGCAUUGGCUCCCUCAUAACCACUUGGAUAAACAUCUUCAAAAACAUCCACAAGACCAACAUCUGCGACCUCAUCACCAGCUUCUUGUGUCUCCUUGUCCUCAUCCCAACCAAAGAGCUGAAUGAGCAUUUUAAAUCCAGGCUCAAGGCCCCCAUACCUAUUGAACUGGUCGUGGUUGUGGCAGCUACGCUGGCAUCUCACUUUGGGAAGCUGAAGGAGAAUUAUGGCUCCAGUGUUGCUGGACACAUUCCAACUGGGUUCCUGCCACCCCAGCCACCCAAAUGGGAUCUGAUUCCUAGUGUGGCGAUGGAUGCUGUUGCCAUAGCCAUUAUUGGCUUCGCUAUCACUGUAUCCCUCUCAGAGAUGUUCGCCAAGAAGCAUGGUUACACAGUUAAGGCCAAUCAGGAAAUGUACGCCAUUGGCUUUUGCAACAUUAUUCCCUCUUUCUUCCAUUGCUUCACAACUAGUGCAGCUCUUGCCAAGACUCUUGUCAAAGAGUCAACGGGUUGCAGAACUCAGAUCUCUGGGGUGGUGACCGCGUUGGUCAUCCUAUUAGUUCUGCUUUUGAUUGCACCUCUCUUCUACUCCCUUCAGAAGUGUGUCCUGGGGGUCAUAACCAUUGUGAACCUCAGAGGAGCCCUGCGGAAGUUCAGGGAUCUGCCCAAAAUGUGGCAUCUGAGCAAAGUGGACACAGUGAUCUGGUUAGUUACAAUGGCUGCUUCGGCACUGCUAAGUACUGAAAUUGGCCUGCUGAUUGGUGUCUGCUUCUCAAUGCUGUGCGUCAUUGUGAGAACUCAGAGACCAGAGGCACCAUUGCUCGGCUGGGUGGUAGAGACUGAAAUGUAUGAAUCCCUGUCUGCCUACAAAAACCUGAAGACUAAGCCAGGCGUCGUGAUUUUCCGUUUCGAAGCGCCUCUCUACUAUAUCAACAAAGAAUGCUUUAAAUCCACUCUGUAUAAGCAGACUGGAGUCAACCCAGCCUGGGUGAAGGCAGCCAAGAAAAAGCAAGCAAAGCGAAUGCUUAAAGAGAAAAUGGUGAAUUCUGGUGGCAGCCAGGCCGACGUCACCAAGCCACUGGUGUUUCACACCCUAGUGAUUGACUGCUGUGCAAUACAGUUCUUGGACACAGCUGGAAUCCACACGCUUAAAGAGAUCUGCAAAGAUUAUGGGGAGAUAGGCAUCCAGGUGCUGCUGGCCCAGUGCAAUGCCUCUGUGAGGAGUUCCCUGCACCGGGGAGAGUACUUUAAAAAAGAGGAACAGAACCUCCUCUUCCACAGUGUGCACCAGGCUGUGGACUUUGCAUUGGGUGCACAUAAGCAAAAUGGGUGCCGGGAAAGCAACAAUUGUGUGUAGGAUCAGGGGGAAAAAUUGUGGAUGUAUACAUAAUGUGCGUGCACUCACACAGGUAAAAUGCACCAAAGUACCAGGGUAUUGUUAAAAAACUAGUGGAGAGCAUACAGUGUGCUUUAAUGCUUUAAUCUUGCCCUACUGGAUAGGGUGAUUAGGUAAGUAGUGCUGAAUAUAGGCAUCCUCAAUUUGAUCGUGAUUACCAUGUUAAACCAUGUUUUUCAUGAUCCUUCUGUGUUGGGCUCUCCAUAUCCCAGUAUUUACCCCACAUUUAGAUCUGCAUCCCUGAGACCCUUAUUACAGCCACCAUCUUUCUGGGUUGGACUUCCUUUGACAGCUGUCAGUGCUUCCCCUUAGUGAAUAGUUUGAGGCAACUACACUUUUCCUCCCCAGUUCCAGGACUGGGCAUGCUGCCUCCAUAUCACUCAGCUGGCCAAAGAAUGAGUGAGCGGGAACAGAUACCCAGCUCUGUUGGGUUGUUCUCUGA